AUGGCUGCCGUCGACAGCAAUUAUCAGUACACCAUAAUUGACGUUGGUGCUCAAGGUCGGCAGAGUGAUGGAGGAAUAUUGAAAAGCUUGGAAUUCGGGAAGGCACUGGCCAGUGGGACUCUCGGUACACCUUCUGCAAGCUGCCUGCCUGGUACAAGAACUGUCGCACCCUAUGCCUUUGUUGGGGAUGAGGCAUUCCAAUUACGCAAGGAUUUCAUGAGACCCUUCCCGGCAAAGCAGCUCACUGAUGAAAGGAGGGUCUUCAAUUACAGACUGAGCAGAGCAAGAAGGUGUGCCGAGAAUGCCUUUGGGAUUACAGCAGCAAGGUGGAAAGUGCUCCUACGCACAAUAAACCUCCAUCCGACUAACGUCGAUUAUAUCAUCAAAGCAGCCUGCAUCCUGCACAACUUCAUAAUGAAGUUAAAUGCACAGAGGCAUGGAUACGUGGACAGAGAAGAUAGCUUUGGAAAUGUGAUACCAGGCCACUGGCGGCAAAGUGCAGCAGAUGCGCGAAACAUCUUCACUGCCUACUUCUGCAGCACAUUUGGGGAAGUUGCUUGGCAGUGGCAACAGCCGGGCGUGUCAAAAGAUGUUGCUUUAAAGCAUCUACAGGAGCAACAGCUUUUGCCACUUGCAAGGAAGCACAACCACUUGUCCACAGAAGCAUCAUCUUUGGUGUACUUGGUCAGGUCGAUCUUCUUAGAUGUGCUCAUGGUGCUGUUGAGGUAG